AUGGGCGGUGUUCAAGCAAAGGCUGCAAAGCCCGAUAGACGACGACGCCCCGUUUUGGAGCGGAAGACAUCCUUUGCUAAGAAGGUUGUUCCCAUCAUCACUUCCGAACCAAGUGAUUCAAGUAGUGAAGACUUGAAUCACUUGAUGAGAUCGUAUCAGGCGGAUUGCGAAGAUGACAAAGACUUGCGAGACUUCGACGACAAACUCAGAACCGGCGCCGAAGAAGUAGCCAGGCACAGAACCACCGGUUUUGAUCGGUUGAAUAAAUGCCUCAAGUAUCUGACGCAGUCCAACGAGAAGAUUGUGAGCGAAAUCUCGGCAUGCACACAAAAGAUACUUGAGGCAAAGGGUGAGGAGGCGGGUAUGGUGAUGACGGCAAAUGAGAAGCUCUUGGAUCAUUUGAUGACAGAGUACGUGGGCAAUAGCUGGCAGACGCUUCAACUCUGCGAAAAGGAAUUGCAAGACUUUAUCAAGUCGGCUCAUGAUGUCCAUUCAUGUAUCGCAGAUGUGGUACGUGAUGGGGAAGUGUCCAAGAAGCUCAACGAGUCUAUAAUGAAAUAUCACCAUUCUGCAAAAGCAGUUGUUGCAAAGGUGAACUAUUUGCAGGACCAACAUGCAGACAUGCUUAACAAGUUGAAAGAACAAAUUCUCAAGUUUGAUAAGAAGGUGGAGCUUGCUCGUACUUUAAAGAAGGUUGUAAAUGUGGUGUUCAUAGGUAUGUUGUCUGCUCUCUUUGUUUGCACCAUCAUGGCGGCAGCUAUGGCUGCUCCGCCAGUUGCUUCGGCCUUGACCACUCAUCCAUGUAUAGCCGGAGUUGUUGCUGGUGGUGCCGUUGUUUAUGCUUGUUCGCCAGUAUUCAAAGAGGGACGACACUGGCUUCUUAAUCUGAUUCAAGAUUAUGAGUCAACUCUGGAGGCACAGAAGGGUCUAAUUAAGUCGAUGGAAGCCGGAACCGGAGAAGCCAUUAAAGAGUUGGAUGGCAUCAUGUCUCUUGUUGAGAAGGUCAUUGCAAAGGGGAAUGAUCAAGUAUUGUCCAAAUUAAACUCUGCGAAUGAUGAGGGAAGAGUAGAUUUGAGAAUUGAGGAUCCGGAAGUAAUUAUCAUGGGAAAGCUGGCAGACUUUGACCAAGAAAUUAAGGAAUUGGACAAGAGAAGAGAGGAGUGCCUCAAGAUUACAGGAAAGGCAAGGGAUCAGGUUUUGAUGGAAUAUGGCGAGUUGAAGAGAAGUGAAGUGUGGAACACGAAGACCAAGAUGUAG